AUGCCAUACCAAUCAACAUCUCGACAUUCUCAACAACGUCAUCGAUAUUUCAAUCAACAACAACAACCACAACAGCAGGAGCAUGAUGAUGAAAAUUUUAAUCAAACCACUGGAAAACAAGAAUCACAACACAAGGAUUGGAUUUCUAAAAAGAAAAUCAAACAAAAGAACAAGUAUUCAUCUAAAAUAAAAGAUUUGAAAAGACAGUUGGCAGAGAAGGAUGAACGUUUCGAAAAUGAAAGAUUUAAAUUAAGUGUUAAAGAAUGCAACAAAUUGACAACACCUUAUUUGAAACUGUUAAAACAGGAUAUUUCUGAAGCAUUGAAAUUGAUAGAGAAUGAACUUUCGGAUAGAGAGGAUAGAGAACGAAACUGUAUCGUUUGUAUGGAAAAUCAGAGAGAAAUUGUUUUUUUACAAUGUAAACAUUUUAUAACAUGCAGUUCAUGUGCUGAUCAGUUAAGAGAAUGUCCAAUUUGUCGACAAUCUAUUACUAAGAGCAUGAAGGUAAUUCUUUCUUGA